AUGGAUCAAUUACCCAUUGAAUUAUUCAGGAGCAUCUUUUACUACAUUGAUCAGUUGCCAGAUCUGAUUCGAGCCUCGCUUGUUUGUCAUUAUUGGCGAUCGCAUAUUAUGGACGAUGAAGAUUUUCUUAACAAAUGGUUUCAUCGAUCACUGAAGUUCUCUCGACAGUCACCUCGUAACCAUCGGCAAGGACUAAUACAAAACCUCGAUCAAUCUCUAUUUCCUCAAAAUUUACAAUCAAGUGAAUGUCAUCUUCUACCAGUGAUUGAUCCAUUUUAUAUUACUGGUAGCGAAUAUUUCUUCGAACAACAUUAUCAAUCAUCACUUUUUGAUAGAUAUUAUUCAUUUUCUUUUUGGUUCUUCUUACCUCAUCAACGUGAAUUAGUUAUACAAAUUAACAAGAAUUAUGUUAUAGACUUACAUAACUGUCAACAUGCUGAUAAACAAUGGUAUUUCAGUGGACAAAAGAAAAAAUUCUUUGAUGAUCAAUGGAUACAUAUUGUUAUAGCCAACAGUGAAUCACAAACUGGGCAUUGCAUAUGGUUGAAUGGACAUGAUCUGAAUACGUUCACUCUCCAUCGAACAUUCAAUAAACAUAUCAAGACAAGAAGCACGACGAAUGCACUUAUGCUCACUUGCAAGCGGAACGACUACUCGAUACAAUCACCAGUCAAAGCGGGCAUUGCCGAUCUUGUUGCUUUCAAACGAUGCUUAUCGUUACCGGAAAUUCGAGCUAUUUAUCAACAACAAAAAUGCAUCGAUCAAGUUCAAAUUGGUACCUAUAUGAAAAAAAAUGAGAGAAAAAAAUGUACUAUAAUAUAA